GGCUCAGCUGACGCCGCACUUCACGUGACGCUCCCGCCGGGUGAAGAUGGCGGCUGCCACUGGACCCUCCUUCUGGCUGGGGAACGAGACCCUGAAGGUGCCGCUGGCGCUCUUUGUUCUGAACAGGCAGCGCCUGUGUGCCCGGCUGCAGAAGAACCCCGCCGUGCAGCCUGGCUCUGUUGUGGUCCUGCAGGGUGGGGAGGACGCCCAGCGCUACUGCACGGACACCGGGAUCCUCUUCCGCCAGGAGUCCUUCUUUCACUGGGCAUUUGGUGUCACUGAGCCAGGCUGCUACGGCACCAUUGACGUCGAUACCGGGAAGUCGACCCUGUUUGUGCCCAGGCUUCCCGCCAGCCAUGCCACCUGGAUGGGAAAGAUCCAUUCCAAGGAGCACUUCCAGGAGAAGUAUGCCGUGGAUGUGGUGGAGUAUGCAGAUGAGAUUGCCAGCAUCCUGACGUCACGGAAGCCCUCUGUCCUCCUCACGUUGCGUGGCGUCAACACAGACAGCGGCAGCGUCUGCAGGGAGGCCUCCUUCGAGGGCAUCAGCCAGUUCAAUGUCAACAACACCAUUCUUCACCCAGAGAUCGUUGAGUGCCGAGUGUUUAAGACGGACAUGGAGCUGGAGGUGUUACGCUACACCAACAGAAUCUCCAGUGAGGCCCACCGGGAGGUAAUGAAGGCUGUAAAAGUGGGAAUGAAAGAAUAUGAGCUGGAAAGCCUCUUCGAGCACUACUGCUACUCCCGGGGCGGCAUGCGCCACAGCUCCUACACCUGCAUCUGCGGCAGUGGCGAGAACUCGGCCGUGCUGCACUAUGGACACGCUGGGGCCCCCAACGACCGGACAAUCCAGGACGGAGACAUGUGCCUCUUUGACAUGGGCGGUGAGUAUUACUGCUUUGCUUCUGACAUCACCUGCUCCUUUCCUGCCAAUGGCAAGUUCACCGCAGACCAGAAGGCCAUCUAUGAGGCAGUGCUGCGCAGCUGCCGGGCCGUCAUGAGCGCCAUGAAGCCAGGUGUCUGGUGGCCAGACAUGCACCGCCUGGCCGACCGCAUCCACCUGGAGGAGCUGACCCGUAUCGGCAUCCUGAGCGGCAGCAUGGACGCCAUGGCCCAGGCCCACCUGGGAGCCGUGUUCAUGCCUCACGGGCUCGGCCACUUCCUGGGCAUCGAUGUGCACGACGUGGGAGGCUAUCCAGAGGGUGUGGAGCGUGUGGACGAGCCUGGCCUGCGCAGCCUCCGUACCGCACGCCACCUGGAACCAGGCAUGGUACUCACAGUGGAACCGGGCAUCUACUUCAUCGACCACCUCCUGGACGAGGCCCUGGCUGACCCAGCCCGUGCCUGCUUCUUUAACCGUGAGGUCCUGCAGCGCUUCCGCGGGUUUGGUGGGGUCCGCAUCGAGGAGGACGUGGUGGUGACUGACAGUGGCAUGGAGCUGCUGACCUGCGUGCCCCGCACUGUGGAUGAAAUUGAAGCCUGCAUGGCAGGCCGGGACAAGGCCUUUACUCCCUUCUCUGGACCCAAGUAGAGCCAGUCGGGAAGACCCAGCAGGCCGGGGGGCCUGGCCUUGCAGCCUCCCUUCCCCACUGUCAGCCUGCUGACCGGCUCUCCACUAGUAGAGAUGGUGCUCGGGAGUCACACCUGGUAUCCACCUAUGAUCAUACCAAAUAAUGCUUUUUCUAGGGAGGAAACACUCUUUUUUUAAUGAACCUCCUGCAAGAUCACACCCUUUAUCUGUAAUGUACCUUGCCUAAAUGACCGUGACUUAAAAUGCUGAUUGACUAUUUUGUUCUUUAUUGCAACUAAAAUGUGUCUGUCAUUUGCAUUCCUUUUCUCAGGAAGAUGCAUUUCCAGUGUUUUUUUCCUCAAAAAUCAAUAUGCAGAAUAGAAUUUACAAUAAAAGUUUUUCUGAAAUGAUC